AGUACAAGGUUUGGAUGUAUUUGGCAGACCUGUGUGGAAACCCCCCCAGACAGCAGCUCUCUCUCAGUCUGGGGCCAAGGCAAGCAGUGGUCAACAUGCUUCACUGGACCUUUCCCAGAUUUUUGCUUCUCACUCUCUCAACUCUCCACUUCUGCAAUGGACAGUUUGUGGUUGUGGCUCCAAACCUGAUUCGGGUUGACAGUGAUGAGAAGAUUUUCGUGCAGGCCACCGGAGUUACAGACACCAUCCAAGUUACCGUGACGAUAAGAGACUUCAAAACGGACACAAGACAACUGUUUGAGGGCUACACAUCCCUCAGUGUGGCAAACAAACACCACACACUGGUACCCAUCCGGUUACCAUCAUCAACAAAUAUAAGGCGCAAUGACAAAGAAAAGCAGUACGUAAAUCUGGAGGUGAGGUUUGGCAAUCUGCACACCGAAAAAAGAGCCAUGUUGGUUUCUUUUCAAGCUGGAUACAUCUUUAUUCAGACGGACAAACCCAUUUACAGACCAGGGGAGACAGUCCGGAUACGUGCAUAUGCCGCCUCCACGUCGUUCAAAGCCAGUGCUUCAAAUGGCGUAGCUUUGGAUAUCAAGAAUUCAGACGGUGUUAUUGUCGAAUUGAAAAAGACCAAAAUACCAUAUAAUGGAAUCUUACCUGAAUCCUACACUAUUCCUGAAAUUGUGAAUGAAGGAAAGUGGACUAUAAUAGCCAAAUUUGAUCACUGGCCUCAGAACAACUUCAAUACCACCUUUGAAGUGAAAAAAUAUGUGCUCCCUGCCUUUAAUCUCACUGUCACGCCCACAAAACCGUACCUGAAUGUGGAUGACACUCAAGUGAUUGUGGACAUCAGUGCAAGAUAUCUUUAUGGUGAACCUGUUAUUGGAACUGCAUAUGUGGUCUAUGGACUGAAAAACGGUCAAAAGAUCAUGAGGGCUCCCAAAGUGAAGCAAAUGAAACUGGAGGGAAACAAAGAAACUCUUAUACUCACCAUGGAUGAAAUCAAACAGGCUUGUGAAGUGCAGUCUGGCAGUGUGAAGUCGGAUUGCUCUGUCACAUCUCUGGUGGACAAAUAUGUGUACCUCAAAGUCACAGUGCUCACAGCAUCAGGUGGUGACCUGGUUGAGGUCGAGUUAAGCAACAUUAAAAUAGUGAAUUCACCUUAUGUCUUAGAACUAAAAGACAUGCAAAAGUACUUCAAACCUGGCCUGCCCUUAUAUUUUGCAAUCCAUGUGACUCAUCACGAUGGAAGUCCAGUCCACAACAUCAACCUGAGGGUCAACCUGCACGACCAACCUCUGACCAGCCACUAUGGGAUCGCCGCAGUGUCCAUCAACAUGCCCAAAGAGAUCAGCCCCCAGACAAUCAUUGUAACUACGGACAAAACAGAUCUAAGUGCAGAGAAACAGGCUAAAAUACAAGUGACAGUGGAUCCUUACAGACCUGCACGUCCAUGGCAACCGAACUACCUGUUCAUCGACUCUAAAGCCCAAGAAAUCAAAAUGAGAGAACUAUCCCUGGUUCUGAACAUCAAGUCUGAAAGCUCCAUUCAAGAAGUCACAUAUCUGGUCCUGAGCAAAGGAAAGAUUCUGGAUGCCAGGCGUGUUCCAGUGAGCGAACAUUUGAUCACCAGCGUCACAAUCACAGUCACCUCUGACAUGAUGCCCACUUUUCGUUUUGUGGCAUUUUAUACCAUUGGAAAUGAGGUGGUGUCAGACUCUGUGAAACUGCGUGUGUCCGAGACAUGUGUCCAUCCACCAGUUAUCAGCGCAGUGGAUACUAUGCCAAUAGCAUACAGGCCGGGCAAACCACUGAAACUGAAGAUCGAAGGUGAACCGAGGGCCAAAAUCAGUCUGGUGGCAGUGGACCAAGCUGUGUAUCUGCUCAGCAAGCGACGCUUCAACCAAAGACACAUUUUGAAUGAGGUGGACAGCAGAGACAUGGGCUGCACCCACGGAAGCGGGAAGAAUGCAAUGGGAGUUUUCAGUGACGCGGGGCUGCUUUUUGCCAUGAAAAAUGGGCCCUCUACAGACAGCAGGCAAGAACUGAAGUGUUCAGACCACAUGAGGAGGAGGCGGUCUGUUCUGAUGGAGCAACAGGCACAGCUAUUGGAACAAUUUCAGGAGAAACUCCUGCGGCGCUGUUGCCGGGACGGCCUGAGGAGGGUGCUAAUGCCGUACUCCUGUGAGCAGCGCGCGAGCUACAUCACAGAGGAACCAGAGUGUGUCAAGACUUUCCUUAAAUGUUGCAACGUUUACAAAAAGCAGGUCGACUCUCAGAGUUCAGACAGCCAGGACAGCCAGGAUCUGGGAAGAAGCAGAGGCAGCGGGUCCGCCUUUGAUGCCUCAGAUUCUGACAGUAAAGCUCUUGGGGCAUCAGGAGAGAGUGAAGACGAAGAAGAUGAAGACGAAGACGAAGAUCUCUAUAUGCGUAAAAAAUUAGAAGAUUCAUGGCUUUGGUUGGAUAAAAACAUGCCUGAUCAAACCAACAAUGAAGGAGUAGCCACUUUACAUCAUACAGAUGCCAUACCAGACAGCAUUACCCAAUGGUCCGUCCUCGCCGUGAGCUCCUCCGUGGAAACAGGAUUUUGUGUGGGUGAGCCAUGGACAUUUGUGGUGAUGACUCCGUUCUUUGUGGAUCUGAAGCUGCCGUUUUCAGUGGCAAGAAAUGAGCAGGUGGAGAUUAAAGCAGUGGUGUACAACUAUCUGGAUGACCCACUGGAUGUGAAAGUGGUUUUGGGGAAGACAAGGGACAUGUGCAGUGUGGCUUUCAAGAGGGCGAAUACACAGAGGAUUAGAGUGCAGCCCAAGUCUUCCAAAGUUGUGCCCUAUACCAUUGUGCCAUUAAAAGCUGGAAAACUCCCCAUCGAGGUGUCGGCAUAUGUUAAGAACAUGCACAACGAUGGUAUUACGAAGACACUUAAUGUUGUGAUGGAGGGAGUGCAAACGGCUGAAAGCAACAUCAUCCUCUUGGAACCCGCGGCACAUAAAGGCAGACAAGUAGUUCGAACAAUCAAACCAGUCCUGAAGGGAGUGGUGGUGCCCAACUCUGAGCCACAAACAAAGAUCAAACUGUCAGGAGACGUAUUGGCUGAAAGCAUUGAGAACGCCAUCCACGAUGACCCACUAGCCAGGUUAAUCCGGAUGCCUGGAGGCUGUGUGGAGCAGAACCUGGCAGCGGUCACUUUUCCAGUGAUUGCCGCACUGUACCUGGACCGGACCAAUGGCUGGGAAACGGUAGCAAUACAGCGCAAGAUUGACGCUGACCAAUACAUAAAAAAAGGAAUAUCCAAUCAGUUGAAUUUCAAACGGAGUGAUGGAUCUUACCCUCCCUACGCCAAGCACGGCCCAAGCACAUGGGUCACAGCGUAUGUGAUGAAGAUCUUCACUAUGGCCUUCGACUUGUACACACAGAGACGUCAACAUUUGGACAUGGACACUAAUGAAAUCUGUGAUCCUCUGGAGUUUCUUCUGAAGCAUACACAGUCCCAAGAUGGGAAAUUCUUAGAGAAUAAUCCUGUAAGCAACCAGUUUAUGACGGGUGGUCUACGAGGCUCAGAUUCUGAAGCAACAUUGACUGCAUUUGUCUCAAUUGCACUUGCUGAAUUUAAAGAAUCAAAUAUUGACUGUGGAACAAACAUACAGUCUUCCUUGCAGUCUGCUCUAGCUAAGGCAGUACCAUACCUGAAAGGGCAGCUUCUAAGGAGCCCUCCACCAAGACCAUACACCACGGCCAUUAUUUCAUAUGCCCUGGCUUUGCUCACUAACGGAGGUUACAACCCAACUGACAGUUUACUGGCAAAAUCAGAAGGUGGCACUUACUGGCCUGAUUCUGACUCCCUGUUCAAACUGGAGGCCACUGGUUACGCUCUCCUAACACUGGUGAAGAUGGGCCGACUGACAGAAGCCAAGAAACCCUUUGAUUUUCUGAGAGAGAACAGAAAUAUUAAUGGUGCUUCUGGAAACACUCAGUCCACCAUGGUGGUACUUCUCGCUCUGUCCAAGUACCUCAUCUCUCAGCCUCCUCCAGUCACAGCCAAUCUCAACGUCAAUUUCCAAAUCGGCGCACGCUCGGAGUCCUUGAUCUUCAUCCCUGCAACAAGCUCCCAGACACGAUCUUUCAACGUACAGAAAAAUGCCGACUUUGAGGUGGUGGCUGAGGGAACCGGCGUUGGAACACUAGAGGUGGUGACAUAUUACAACCAGCUUCCAAAUUCCAGAAGCUGUGAAACGUUUGAAAUGCAAGUCAGCAUUCAGAAAUCCAAAGAGAGGCCUGAAACUAUACCAGGGAUCAUCAACAUCUUUGAACUCAGCAUCUCCGUCAAGGCCCUAGGACCAGUCCCUGCAGUUUCUGUGGUUUUGGACAUAAGUCUCCCCACCGGCUUUACUGCUGAAACCAGAGAUCUGGAAAAUCUGCUAAAUACUGUUGAGAAAUUCAUUGACCACUUCUACUUUGACACUAAACUGAGUGACAGAAACUCGAUGAUCAUCCACAUGUACCAGGUUUCAAACACAUGGCCACAGACUGUGACCUUCAGGCUUUUGCAGCAGUUUAAUGUUGGCCUCCUCCAGCCCUCGUCUGUCACAGUCUACGAGUUUUACAAAGAGAAAGGUCAGCGCUGCACACAGCUCUACUCUCUUCCCCAGGACCAGAUUGACCUCACCACCAUCUGCACCAACAACAACUGUGUGUGCGCACAAGAUGAUUGUUGUCAAGUUAAGGAGGGCACAAUACAGGACAAGGAACGAGAGACUUUUGCCUGUGAAACACUACACCACGUUUUUAAGGUGAAGGUGCUCAACAUCUCCAGAGAAUACAACAACAUAUAUGAAAUGGAGAUCACCAAAGUCAUCAAGAUGGGUGUGGAGAGUGGAGUGGUGGAGUCUGACAGGAGACUGUUCUUCUCUCACUCGGGCUGCAGAGACACUUGUGUCCUCCAGAAGGGCUCCCAGUACCUGAUCAUUGGCCCAGAGAGGGACACGUGGUCCAGAGACCCCGCCACCAACAAAAUCACUUAUGUUCUGGGUGAUAACACUUGGGUGGAGCUGUGGCCGACAGAAGAUCAAUGCAAGAACCCUGCCCAUGAAGCCAAGUGUAAAAGUUUAACUAAAGCAACAGAUUUUCUCAGUGAUGAAGGCUGCUCAGCAAAGAAAUGAAGCAGCCACAACAACACAAGAAUCCACCAACAGUGAAAUUAAAGGAGACAAUCUGAAAAGUCUCUGUUAGUUUUGAUAUGUUGUUGUUUUGUCUAGAAUCCUCCACAGUGUUGCAUUAAAUGUAGCUAUCUCCCUAGAGACAAAGAAAAA